AUGAGUCAAGAACAGCCACGACGACCAGGGGACGCCGUCAAGUACGGCGACGUGUUCGACGUCUCCGGCCAACUAGCUUCGCAGCCCAUAGCACCACAAGACGCCGCCGCCCUCCAAGCCGCCGAGAACAUCGUACUCGGCCAGACCCCCCACGGUGGUCCGGCGUCCCUCAUGCAAUCCGCCGCCGAUCUGAACGAGCAGCGCGGCGUUGUCGGCCACCAGGACAUGACCGCCGCCGUCAUGGAUAAGGGCGCCACCGUAGCCGAAGCAGAUGUCGGCGGCUACCGCAUCAUAACCGAAGCAGUCGGCGGACAAGUGGUGGGACGAUAUGGUAUGCCGACGACGGAAGUGAAAACGGGUCAACCUUCAUCGACCUUGGACGCAGACGCGAUUACCAUCGGAGAAGCGCUGGAAGCAACGGCAAUCUCCGCCGGAGACAAACCAGUUGACCAAAGUGAUGCGGCGGCGAUACAGGCGGCGGAAGUACGGGCCACCGGGCUGGGACACGUGGUGCCUGGAGGGUUAGGAGCUCAAGCACAGUCUGCAGCUGCGUAUAAUGCUCAGACCACUAGGGAUGAGGACAAGGCCAAGCUUGGAGACAUUUUGACCGAUGCAACCUUAAAAAUGGCGGGGGACAAGGCUGUGACGAGGGAAGAUGCGGAGGGAGUAAUAUAUGCCGAGAUUAGGAAUAAGCAGGAGGACAUGGCCACCCAUCCUGGUGGUGUCGCCGCCUCUGUGGCCGCGGCGGCAAGGCUUAAUCAAGAAAAGUGAAUCACUGUCCUAUCUAGUUCUAUGUUUGUACGUACAUGACUCUAGUUGGAAGUAUCUUUUGUUUUGUAUGUAGUAUGUACAUAUAUAUGUAGUGUAGGGGGUUUUGUGACAGUUGGAAGUUUUGUUGAGAAUGUGGGUCGGUCUACGCUUUUUGUGUGUAAAUGUAGGAUGACUAUUCUCAAGGUAUAUAUUGCAGUACUGUUUGCAUUCUCUUGUGAGA